CUUAUCUCCGCCUUUGGACUUCACAAUAAGUGCCCUUAGAAGGAAAGCCGUCAGACUAUAAACUGGAGGAGCUUUUUUUUUUUUUUUCCAUUUUACGGCUUGAGUGGCAGCAAAUCUUCAGUUUAUAUAAGUCAGUGAUCAAACCCACUUCUCUGCUCAGUAGGAUGCAGGAUGGGAUUUGAGUAAGGAAGUAUUAGCCUAUAUAUUAAUUAUCGGGAUAAUCUCCUCGAGCCUCCCUACCAACUAGCAAGGAACGGAGGGGACAAGUGUCGGGGAGGACUGGCCGCGGUGAGAGGCGGUGCACGCGGGGAGGUGCGCAGCGCAGUCUGCCAUGGAGAUGUUGCGCCGCUCUUCUGUCUUUGCUUCUGAAGUGUUUGAACGCUCGCACACCGACAAGGAGCUGGUGUCCCAGGCCAAAGCACUGUGCAGGGACUACAUUCAUUCCAGGCUGAACCGUGCCGGGAUAGGCUGGUCUAAACCUGAACAUGGACUGGCUGCAUCAGGUGGCGCACUGGGAGACAUCUCAUCGGUUCUGCUGUGGCUGGGUGAUGAGUUGGAGUACCUUCGACCCAACGUUUACCGUAACGUAGCGCGACAGCUCAACAUCACAGUGGCGUCAGAGAGUAUUGUAUCUGAUGCUUUCCUGGCUGUGGCGGCAGACAUUUUCUCCACAGGUGUGACUUGGGGAAAGGUGGUUUCUUUGUAUGCCGUGGCAGGAGCCUUGGCAGUGGACUGUGUUCGCCACGGUCAUCCAGCUAUGGUCCAUACCAUUGUCGACUGCAUGGGGGAGUUUGUCCGCAAGAGCCUGACCUCCUGGUUAAAAAGGAGAGGGGGCUGGGUGGAUGUAACAAAAUGUGUGGUGAACACUGAUCCCAGCUUUCGCUCUCACUGGCUAGUGUCUGCUGUCUGUGCCUUUGGACACUAUCUGAAGGCCACCGUGUUAUACCUCCUGAGGGAGAAGUGAAACACAAAGCCACACACUGGAUUGUAGCGGACUGACCAGCACUGUACCCCACCACGACCACCACCACUAAGGCAUCCGCUGCUUUGGAUUAUGUUUACACU